AUUGUUUGUUUGCUAGGCCGAGAGAAGGACAAAGACGGGAACAGAUGCUGGUCUGGGAGCUGGCGUCGUGUGGCAUCCCUAAACUGGAUAUUAUUCCUGGAUAGCUGUCCACCAUUUUUCCUGAGACAAAUGAUGGACACAAUUGGCUGGCCUGUUAUCUACUGGUUCCUUCCCUGACAGUCUUAAAGGGCAUAUAAAUCAUGGGGGACACAUUGCCUGUCAGACUCCAAGAGAACUGUGCUGGAAGAGAAGGCAACAACCAUGAUUUUACUCAGACUGUGUGGACUCCUUCUUGCAUGCUCAAGACUAAUAGAUGCUAAAGUAGCAAUCAUCGCUAGUGACCCAGAUGUGAAGGUGGGAAGCAAUGUCCUGCUCUUGUGCAAAGUUGAUUCAGAGGGAGAUAUCAGUUGGUUGAAAGAUGAGGUAGAGGUUGAUGAAGAUCGCCAUGAAGUCAAGAAAAAUGACGAGUCCUCGAGUUCACUGAACUUGAAGAGCAUUGAGUUAGGUGACAGUGGCACCUAUUCCUGUGUGUUUGAGAAUGAACACGGCAUUACGAAGAGAACGGACUACCAGCUGUAUGCCUACCAAACACCGGACUUUGGCAACACUAUGAAAUUCCAUGAAUUUCUAGCGAACCAGACAGUGACCAUUCCCUGCUUCGUCUCUGGGAAGCCCGCUGUGGAGAUCUACUGGAACCGGAACGGUCGCAUCGUGAAUGAUGACGGCCAAGGUCAUCUCAAAAUCCUGCCUGAUAGAUCCCUGCAGAUUGUGGGGAUUCAGCCAGACGACCGUGGAAUCUACACAUGUGUAGGCAAGAUCAAGGGACGCCCCAUAACAAGGGAACUCCAGAUUUCUGUUGUUGUUAAUGAGCCACCCACCGUACUGAUUCAUCAGGAGAGAACGAGUGUGUCUGCCGGACCCAAUACCAGUGUGUCUAUAGUCUGCCUGGUCAAAGGAGUACCCACUCCAAAUAUUUCAUGGAGACUCCCUUCCACCUUUGACGACUCGCGUUACAAAUACAACACUGAUAAGAGUGCGCUCACCAUCUCUGCAGUGACCAGGAGCGAUUUUGGAGAGUAUAUCUGCACGGCUAACAAUAAGAUCGGGGAAAACAGUGCCACGUUUACUCUGGAUGUCUCAGAGCGUCCAACUAUAGACUUGGAUCCAAGAGAGCUGACCAUUAUACCAGGAGAAACUGGAUCUGUGCUUUGCAAUGCCACAGGACAUCCAACUCCAACCAUACAAUGGGUCAAGAAGGCUACCCAAGAAAAAAUGACGAGUGUGGAGAGAUCUGAGCUAAUUUUUGAAAAUGUAGUGCCCUCUGAUGGUGGCGUGUACUCCUGCAUAGCCAGCAACAUGGUGGGCACAACCACUGCGGACUUCCAGCUGAUAACCUGGCCUGGGACACCCGCUCGGUUCAGUGUGACCCCAGGGUCCUCAUCUUCUGUCCUCAUCCAGAGUGUCUCGGUGCAGGAUGGAGGGUCUUCCAUUACCCAGUACAUCCUUCAGUGGAAGAAACCGUCCGAAGAAACCUGGAGUCAAAGUGUCGUCAAGCCCACAAAUCCCCUGCUGAUCAAGGGCCUUGAGCCGUACACAGAGUACUCAGUUCGCUUGGCGGUCAAAAACUCGCAUUACCAGGGGAACUUCUCCACAGAACACAUGGUCCUCACACAGUCUCAACAUGGGGAACCCGACAGUCCCGUUCUGUCUCUGAACGAGAAAAAGUUGGAGAAGAACUCCGUCUCCAUCCCCAUUAAACAGCUGGAAGACGGAGGCUCUCCCGUCCUACACUACGUUGUGCGCUACAAAGGGAACAAGGAGAAUGAGGAAUGGACUGAAAAGAAAAUUCCUGGAAACUCCAGCAGAAUCCAGCUGAAUGAUCUCCAGUACAACGCUGAAUAUCAAAUGGAAGUUUAUGCAGUAAACCACAACGGCUCCUCAAGCACUGCCAAAAUUAACUUCACCGUCCCACAACCUGUCAGUCAGCCGUUGCUUGGGAAAGGUGGUGUGGUGGGAAUAGUAAUGUUCAUCUUCUUGCUGCUGAUGGUAUCAGUAGAUGCUUUCUGUUGCUACACCAACCACUGCGGCCUGCUUAAUUUCCUCGCUCGUAAACUAUUUGGACACAAAGUGCCAGAGUCUAAAGGGAUGGAUGAAGAGGCGAAUAAUUCAAAUGGAGACAUGAAGCUGAGCGGUCUAACGCUUCCACGAGGCAGCAUCCCAAAGCUUCAGGCACCCAAUGGGGCAGUGAAUGGCGUUCAUUCAGAGGUCACGUGUGACAAAGCGCCUCUUACCAAAUUCGAGAAGAAACCAGAAUCUGAUGAUCCAACAGGAGAGGCAUAGAAGAAGAGAUUUUACAAGAGAAAAUUUAAAUUCACAGAGUGAAGAAAUUUCACACAAAUCUCGAGAUAUCCGAUUUUGAGUUUAAGGGUGAAGUGUGUCUUUUAUCUUUUUUUGUGUGUUAAAGUACUAUAGAUAAUCCAUUUGUAGUCAAUGAAGGUUUAAACACUAUGGCUCUGCGGUGCUAUGAAAACAUUGCUGUGUUUGUUUGAGCAUCUCGACAGGCCCAAGAUAGCAAGACCGGCUCAACCAAUAGUGUGAGAUUUGGGGCGGGACUAUCUGUUUGGCCGACCAAUGACAGAUGGCGGAGUUUUUUAAAAGAUAAUAAAAAUUCUAGCACAGAAAUGGCACGCUUGACCUUAAAGUGAUGUAGUCCGGAACAAAUAUCAUGAAGAUGACUGUUAUUUGCAGGAACACGUUCGAGAUUUAGAUUAUGCUUGUUAUUAAAUGUAGGGUGUUGAAAGCAUUAUCAGUGUGAUCUAGCACAGUAGAUAGUGUACAUGACAAACGCUGCUUGAGCUGAAUGUAUGUGAGCAGAUAAAUAGUAUAAUAUGAUGUUGAUAUUUUGAAGUAUAAAAUGAAUGUCAUAAUGGGAGUAUAUUUCUUAGAUGCAUCACUAGUGUUAAUUUAUUUUGCAUAGUACUUAUGCUUGUAAAAUCUUGAUUAAAGGAGUUUAAAGGGUUUUUCAUCAGGAUAAGUUAAUGGUGACAGAAUUUAAAUUUUUAUGUGAACAAUAAUAAAAAUGACCCAUUUUAAUAUAGAUAUAACUAUAUUUAAGCAUUUUAUUUUUUAACAGUGUUAUUUCAAAAUCAUAUAUUGUUACAUAAAUACAUAAUGUAUGUUUUUGGGGGGGUCAAGCAACGUUAAUCGUGGAUGUAAAUAAUGAGAUGCAUGCAAAGAUGUACAUAUAGAUUUAUUAAUACUUUUUUACCUUCACUGUACAUUGUAUAUAUUAUUUCUUUAAUGCUUUUAUAUUCAUUUCAAUGUUUGAACUAUUUCUUUUAAAUAAAAAGAGAGAAAUAUC